CUUUUUUUUUUUUCGUGCGUGUAUGUGUGUGUUUUUUGACCAGCUGAAAAUGGCGGCUCGAAGCGUCGAAUCGUCUUAACUUUAUCGCACAAUAAUAAACAUAACAAUAUACACAGCUGUUAUCACAUAACAUGGGGAGAAACUUUUCUGAGAAGCCUCAGAUGCUCUAGUUGGGAGAGAGCUUUGACCAGUACGGCUAAAAGGAGUUAAAACGCAGAGAUAUUAUGGACGAUCCUCAUACACGCUACAGCAAACGCCUGCGUACUGGUACGCGGCGCCGAUAUCAGGACGAUGGAAUCUCGGAUGACGAAAUCGAAGGGAAACGAACGUUUGACCUGGACGAAAAGUUGCAGUGCGUCAGGUUUAGCUCUGACUUGAUCAAACACAUGGAGGGUAAAGAUUUUACAUUUGAGUACAUCCAGAGAGAAGGACUCAGGGACCCAAUUGUCUUUGAUACCGUGGAGGGCCUUGGCAUACAAAUGCCAGACCCUGAUUUUAGUGUGAGUGAUGUCAAAUUGUUUGUUGGUAGUCGACGCAUUGUAGACGUGAUGGAUGUGAACACCCAGAAGGGAAUUGAGAUGUCAAUGGCUCAGUGGCGACGCUACUAUGAGACACCGCCAUCAGAAAGAGAAAAACUCUACAAUGUCAUCAGCCUGGAGUUCAGCCACACGAGACUGGAGAAUCUAGUCAAACGACCAGCCUCUGUGGAUCUCAUUGACUGGGUGGACAACAUGUGGCCCCGCCAUCUCAAGGAGAGACAGAGAGAUUCCACUAAUGCCAUCAUAGACAUGCAUUAUCCCAAAGUACAAAAGUACUGUCUCAUGAGUGUGCAGGGUUGCUUCACAGAUUUCCACAUUGACUUUGGAGGCACUUCAGUCUGGUACCACAUCCUGCGUGGAGAAAAGGUAUUCUGGCUGAUUCCACCCACACCACAGAAUCUGGAGAUGUAUGAGAACUGGGUUUUGUCAGGAAAACAGGGAGACAUCUUCUUGGGGGACAAGUGUCACGACUGUCAGAGAAUAGAGCUCAAGCAGGGAAAUACCUUCAUAAUCCCCUCAGGUUGGAUUCAUGCUGUGUAUACCCCAGAGGACACGUUGGUGUUUGGAGGGAAUUUCCUCCACAGCUUUAACAUCCCCAUGCAGCUCAACAUCUACAGCAUUGAGGAUCGCACACGAGUGCCAUCAAAGUUUCGCUACCCAUUCUACUAUGAGAUGUGCUGGUAUGUCCUGGAGAGAUACCUUUACUGUCUGACCAACAUCUCCCACCUCACUCCUGAGUUCCAGAAAUACUCCCUAGGCAUAGGACUGACCCCAACUGACCUUGAAACCUAUGAUCAUGCUGGGAAUGGCACCUCGAAUGGAGUUGACAGUGACACUGAAAACGAGAAGGUCGAGUUCGAGGAAGAAAAAGUCAAAGAAGAAGAGACGGCUCCGAUGGCUCAAGUUACCGCACCUAAGCACUUGCUGACGACUUUUGAGCUGGAGGGACUGUGUAACCUCUUGGGGAAGCUGGAGGAGCUGCCGUCCCACAAAAAGUGUGUCCCUGCGGGCAUCAGGAACCCCACAGCCCUGCUCAACCACAUGAGGGCUGUUCUGAAGGAGCACGCCAAUGAUGACCCCAGUCUGGCCUACACCGGAGAGCCCAUUGUCAAGUGGCCCGCAAGGCCACCAUGGUACCAGGCCCCAGCUCCUCCUCCCACUGUCCUUUACCGUCCUCGCUUAGGCCCCACCCUCCACAAAUCUCUUGGUCAGAAGCGCACCAAACGCUCCUCCAUCUCGGCCCUGAGGCGCAGACGGGUCAGGUGCAAGCGCUGUGCCGCCUGCUGCAGGAAGGAGUGCGGCAACUGCCAUUACUGCCACGACAUGAGGAAGUUUGGUGGGCCUGGACGUAUGAAGAAGAGUUGUAUCAUGAGACAGUGUCUAGCGCCUGCAUUGCCGAACACAGCGCGAUGUGCCAUAUGUGGAGAAGGAGAAUCAGAUGAAUCAAAUCCGAGCACUCACUCACUCAUGGAGUGCUCCGUCUGUUCGCAGAUUGCCCAUCGUCAGUGCAUUAAGGAACCUGGUGAGGGGAAGAUCAAUAAGGAUUUGCCCAGCUGCUGGGAAUGUCCCAAAUGUUACCAAGGCAAAGACUCAGCAUCAGAGUCUUCCAGCGACGAGGGAAGCGAAGAGUCAGAGGGCUCAACCUCCUUGCCGCCGUCCAAACUUGCUGAUCGGGAAGGGAUCGGUGUAGGUGAAGGGGUGAGACGAGGGAGACGCAGUGGACCCACAUCCCUACCCACAGCACCGCCACCUUCUCAGAAACUGCUGCUGCAGCAUCAACAGAGCCGCAAAAGAGCAAGUGCACUGGAGCUCAGACUUAAGAAGAGGAUAAAACUGGAGAGAAACAAACUCUUAACAAAACAGUCGUCUUUAGAUAGCUCUCACAGGCUGCUGGGCUCCAGGGUGCUGUCCCGGAUGCGGUCCCCAGCCAGCAGCCUAUCUCAGGGCAGAGGCCGGGGCUCCACCUGGGCAAGUGACCCCCCUUACCAUAGCUCUCCAGGAGGGGCUGGGUCCUUUCAGCAGUCUUCCCUCGGUUUGGUACUUGAGCCCAAGGGAGAACCUCGCAGGGGGAGGGGAAGAGGGGUGAGACUGCGGGGAGGAGGAGCAGGAAGAGGAAUCAUAAGUGGUGGAAGCCAUGAAGAGUUGGAUGAAGAGAGUGAGGACAGCAGCAGCAGCAGCAGCACCAACAGCAGCAGCAGUGAUGACGAGGAAGAGGAGAGGGGGCAUAACAGUGGGAGGGGACUGGAUAAAGAGAACCAGCCACAGUCCAGGCGAGGAGAACGGGCAGCCAAAGAGAGAGAAGAGGUAGGGGGUGAAGUGGCCAACCAAAAUGGUGCAGAGGAGGAUGACGAGGAGGAGAUGGAGCAGAACAGUCAAACAGGGGAGAAAGAUGGCUCGUAUCUAAAAGUGACACUCCAAAAACCAACCAGGGCCAAGCGGGACCCAUCAGCAAUUGUUCCCAAAUUAGAGGCUGUCGCCACUCAAACUGCCACUUCCACAAUACACAACCAGACCAGAGCCCUUGUCAGACCUCCCAUUAGAAAUCGAGGACCCUGUCCUGAUCUGCACUCCAAUAGGCACACACCACCACACACUCGCAGUGGUCACACUGUCACUCGUACCUCCCACCUAGAGAGACUCGAAGCCUCGAAAAGAACGACGGCAAACAGACCGGCUAAACUGAACAAUGGCGCCUCUUGUUCUUCAUCUUCUGAGCUCCCUCAUGUCCGCAUCCCUCUGUCUGCCCUGCAGGAAGGGGGGAGUGAGGCAGACAGAGAGAACGGUGGGAGUGGGCCAGGCUGUGAGAGAGAGGUGUGGGUGUCUGUCUUCCGCUACUUAAGUCGAGCUGAUCUCUGCGUGUGCAUGGCUGUCUGCAAGAACUGGUACAAAUGGUGCUUAGAUAAGCGUCUUUGGGCACGGAUUGACCUGAGCAUCAAACGCACAGUUACUCCUCAGGCCCUAACAGGCAUCAUAAAGAGGCAACCGGUCACACUCGAUCUCUCUUGGACCAACAUCUCUAAAAAGCAGCUGAACUGGCUUGUUGGUCGCCUUCCUGGGCUGAAGGAUCUGAUGCUGGCAGGUUGUUCCUGGUCAUCUAUUUCAGCUCUGUGCUCUUCUGGAUGCCCUCUCCUACGUUCUCUGGAUCUGCGUUAUGCAGACGGGGUCAAGGACUCUCAGAUCAGGGAUCUCAUCACCCCUCCAGGUGAGGAAAGAAAAGCCUUUUCUUCCUUUAUAUUCCUUCCAUUCUUCCCACAUAACCCCUAUAUCUCUGUUCCAGGCUGUGACAAUCGCAGUCAGUUGCGGACCAUGCACUCUUUGCGACUAGCAGGCCUAGACAUCAGCGACUCCACUCUGCGCCUGGUGAUCCGCCACAUGCCCCAUUUAACAAAACUGGACCUCUCCCAUUGUAACAGCCUCACCGAUCACUCCAUCAACCUGCUGACUGCAGUGGGCUCGUCCACCCGAAACACGCUCACAGAACUCAACCUGGGAGGCUGCAGUAAAUUGACAGACACGUGUUUAAAGUAUCUCCGCCGCCUCUCUUGCAUCUCACUGCUCGACCUGCGAGGCUGUAAAGGUGUUUCCCGUAAGGCCUGUGAGGCCUUCAUCUCCGAGCUGUCCGUCAACACGCUCUACUGCCUCUCAGAUGAAAAACUGAUCCAGAGGAUAUCCUAAACACUUCCCUCCUCUGACUGCGGAGGUGAUUUGAGGUGCAAAGGCAAGAGAGCUGAAUCCGAUGUGAAUGUGUGUGAGAGGAGAAAAAGGACACAGACAAAAUUCACAUGCACCUGUAACACGUGAAGGGAAGGGCGUGGUCUAAACUGCGAGUGUCUACUCACUUAACUGGUGUUGGUGGACGGGGUUGUCACAGCUGGAUCAAUGUUUCAACAUUAUAUACAUUUAUUUUCCAGUGUACCUAAAAAAAAAAAAAAAGACUCAGGAGCUUUUUUUCUGUUCUUUUGGGAACUGAUGGUGUUUGGGGGAAAAGCAAUUUUUUUUUAUUGCCAGGAGUGGGAGAAAAUGGACAAUUAAUUAGCUGCAUCCUACACGUCCUUUGGAUAACCAAGCAUUCAGCUCUUCUUUGGACGGAUGACAGUCUCGACUCUCAUCCUUGAGAGAGAUAAGCAAAGACUUAAAAGUUCCAUCUAUGAGCUAGAGCUGCUGUUUGGCUGAUAAAGUAAAGUCUAUUUAUCAUUUGCCUAAUUUUAACUCAUUUGAUUUCAGCUACAUUUUGGUGCUCCAAAUAGAUGGUAAUUUUUUUUUUUUUUUUGUCAGAUUCAAGAGGGCAAGUGUGAAGUGUUUGAUGAGUUACGCUUUAUGCACAACAUCUAUGCUUUGGGAUUUUUAUGUUAUUUUUUUUUUUUAAGUGAGUGGCUCGAACAGCAAGUGUUCAUCAGUUCAGCUUAAUAAGGCACUUGAGUGCAACAGUAGUCCAGUGGUGUACUUGACAAACAUACAUGGACAUUGAGUGACUGUGGUAUAAAAGGGUAAAUAGACAGUGUGAGAAGGCAAUCGACAUGGCAACAAGACCUCACCCCCUCAGAGGGCAGGUUGCAUUAAGUGUACGGGCUAAGCCAAGGAUUAGGUGUCAGAUGAAUGGUGCAUCUUCAAACAACCGUUAGAAUUCAGGUGCUAUUAUUUCCAAACUCCUCUAGGCUUUGUUUUUGUACAGAGACAACAUUUAGAGCAAAUGUGUUAAUAUUCUAGAUGAAACUGCUCCCCACCGCUCUUUGAUACACUUUUUGCUUUUCCUGGAUGAAAAAUGUGACUAUCUAAUUUUCACCGAAUUUCAUGACCUUGUCCAAUUCAGUGUAGAGAUGUAUGAUUUUGUGUGGGCGGGGUGUUGCUCAUUUCUUUGUUCCCUUCAAAGUGUAGUGGUUCUGUUUCAGCGGUCCCCUCACAGUCUACUUUCUGGGCCAUAUCCCUUCAAAUGAAUAUAAGUAUAUAAAUAUAUACUUUUGUGUAAAUGUGUUCUCUCUUUUCGAGUAUAAAAACGGGAAUCUUGUAGCAUUGUAAUUAUUUUCAGAAGCCUUUUUCACUUUAUGUUAUUUGUGUUAUUUUUCAAGAAAAAUAAAAAAAAUGACAGACGA